CUCCUCCUCUCAGCGCUGUUGCACCAGUACUUAGCACAACAGCGACCCUGCCGCCGCCUCCCUUUAGCCCACAGCAGCUUCCUGCAGCAGCUUCCUGAAGCCCCACCCUGAGCCCGCCACGGACUUUGUACGUAAACGCGUUUAUUAAACUCAUAGGGUUCACUGCAGCUCCUAAGUAUGGAAUUUCUCCAAAGGCUGGGACAAGCCUUGUGGGGCAGCCCCGGUCUCUUCCGCCCUCAGCUCUUGAGCCAGCCACUCCAGGUAGUUAUCUAAACCAAACUUCUAGGAAGAUGAAGUUUUUUUCCAUCUCCCAUGCCAUGUUGUGUUCACCUCUGCCUUGUUGCAUAAUUUUCUUCAUUGCUCUCCAUGUUCACAAGUUGGAUUCAGCUACAGACUACUUCAAAAAAAUGGCCUGAUAUGUACCCAAGAAGAAAUCAAGAGGUUGUGACAGUAGCAGAUGUCCAAGUGAAUGAACUUUUUACCAGAUUUGGAGUCCCACUUCCUUUGACAGGGAAUUUCAAAGUCAAUGGACCUGAUCACCCCAUCACAGCCAUUGCUGGUAAGGAAAUUGUGUUACCCUGUCACCUGUUGCCCAGGAUGAGCGCGGAAAACAUGGAGGUGAGAUGGUACCGGACUCAGUUCCUUGAAGUUAUACAUCUAUAUCGGGAUGGAAUAGAUCACUAUGAAAAGCAGAUUCCAGCAUAUCAGGGAAGGACAGAGCUUCUGAGAGAUGGUAUUGCCGAUGGAAACAUUGCAUUGAGAAUAUACAGAAUCACACCUGCUGAUGAAGGACACUACAGCUGUUUCAUCCAAUCAAGUACAUUUUAUGGAGAAGCUAUGUUGGAGCUCAAAGUAGCAGGUUUUGGUUCUGACCCUCGCAUUUUGGUUGAGGGUUACCAGGAUGGAGGGAUUCGGGUGGUAUGUGAAUCUGCUGGAUGGUACCCUGAGCCUGAGGCACAAUGGAGAGAUCACCAUGGGCAGCUCUUAGCAUCAUCUUCUGAAACAAAAUCCAAAGAUGCCAAUGGCCUGUUUCAAAUGCAAAUUUCCAUUGUUGCAAUAGAAAAUUCCAACAGAGACUUGUCCUGUUUUGUCACGAACCCUCGCCUCAACCAGGAGAAAGAGUCAACGAUUUACAUAACAGAUGUGUUUUUCCCGAGGGUCUCUCGCUGGAUGGUGUCUCUGUGGGUAAUUCUGGCUCUUUUGGGUUUUCUCAUUUUCCCAGCAAUUUACUACUUCUGGAAGAAACACAAAGCAAAAGGGUGGAGUAAUGUCAGACAAUAUGCAGUGGAUGUGACUCUGGAUCCAGACACAGCUUAUCCCCAUCUCGUCCUGUCCGAGGAUCGGAAAAGUGUGGAAUGGAGACCCCAACAUCGGGAUGUACCUGACUACCCCAAGAGAUUUGACUGUGUAACCUGUGUGCUGGGCUAUGAGGGCUUCAUUUCAGGGAGACAUUACUGGGAGAUAGAUGUAGGGGGUGGGACAACUUGGGGUGUGGGAGUAGCCAAAGAGUCUGUGAGCAGGAAGGGAUGGAUUCACUUUAGCCCUCAGGAGGGGAUCUGGGCUGUGGAUGAGUGCAGGGGUCAGCACCGAGCCCUCGCCCCUAUUGAGAUCCCCCUGUCCCUGAGUAAAAGCAUCAGGAAAAUUGGGAUUUACCUGGACUAUGAAGGGGGGCGAGUAGCAUUCUAUGAUCUGGUUAGAGAGGACCCAUUCUUCACUUUCACAGCCCAUUUCUCUGAGAAAGUAUUUCCUUUCUUCUUGGUGUAUUCUCAAAUCACAGUGUGUCUCCGGGGGACUGGGGAAUGAUUUGCCUAUUGCAGUCUGAGGUCUAGCCUCACACCGCUAAGUCUCUGGGGGAUUGUCUGCUCCUCAGCAGCUACAGAUGCUCUGUCUCCAGGGAGGAAAGUUAGGGCAUGUUCACACUGGCAGAGUUAUAGCACCUUUGUCCCUCUCUGCAUUCCCACCCCUCCUUCUAAAUGGAAAAACACCAGGUUAAAGAUGAAUUCCAGUUCAGGUGAAAUGAUCACAUGUCACUGUAAGACUUCAUUACCCACUUGCCACACAGGU